AUGACUUUUUGGGACGCACAUGAGUCAGUUGACAUCUCUGAGCUAGGAGGGGAGGCUAAUACCAGUGAACACCUCUUGCUCGGUGGUCGGACUUACGGACUUACUACCACGGUAGACAUCGGAGAUGAACUCGAAUCUUUGCUGAUCUUCGCUCCAAAAGCGUUUGGCAAUAAAGCAAAUGACCGUGCUUGCAAGGGUUCAUGGGGCUAUUUCACAGAUAUCACGCGGGUGCUAAGGUGCAAUUAUGCCGUGAGAGCGGCCACAAUAAGUGCGACUGAUGAUUUUUGA